CCACCUCACCCCCCACCCCUCCCCGCACAGAUCCUGGCCUUCAAGGAAGGCGAGCAGAAGGAGAAGGAAGGGAUGCAGCGCCUUCGCCACGCCAACUCUCAGAAACCCGCCCCCCCAGCCCCCGGCCCCCCGUCCUGCGUCUGCGGGCAGCCGGCGGGGCCCUCCAUGCUGCAGUGCCAGCUGUGCCGAGAUUGGUUCCACGGCUCCUGCGUGGCCUGGCCUCGUCUGGCCAACCAGAAACCCUCGCCGGCCUGGUGGGAAUGGGAAGCCAAAUUCCUGUGCCCUCUGUGCCAGCGCUCGCGUCGCCCUCGCCUGGAAACCAUCCUGGCCCUGCUGGUGGCUCUGCAGAAGCUGCCGGUGCGUUUGCCCGAAGGAGAGGCCCUGCAGUGCCUGACCGAGAGAGCCAUCACCUGGCAGGACCGCGCGCGGGCGCUGCUGGCCUCCCCCGAAGUGGCUGCAGCCAUGGAGAGGUUGGCGGCCAUCCGGCAGAGGCUGCACGGCGACGGCGGCACCGCGCUGCGGGAGGCAAGGGGCAACGAGCAGACAAAG